GCGCGCCCCGCCCCUGCGCCUACGUAAUAGGACUACAAGGCGGAAUCGUGGCCGCCCGCUGCUAGGAAGCUUCGCUAUUGGGCUCCGGGCUUACCCGAAAGCGAGGGCGGAAACGUCCUCGGGCUGAGGCCGAAGGACCCGGCCCCGAGUCGGCGGCGGCGGCUUCCCGGGCAGCUGGAGGCGGCCCAGUCCCGCACAAACCCCGGCACCGAGAGCGACAGCUCCUCUCCCGGCUCCCCCACCUCCAGGGGAGCGCCAUGGCCGAGGCCCCGGCCGGGCUGAGCGAGACCGUCACCGAGACGACGGUUCCGUGUACAACGGAACCUGAAAAUCGAAGUCUCACCAUUAAGCUGCGCAAACGGAAGCCGGACAAGAAGGUGGAGUGGUCGAGCGACACUGUGGACAAUGAGCACUUAGGACGCCGGUCAUCAAAAUGCUGCUGUAUCUAUGAGAAACCCCGGGUGUUCGGCGAGAGCUCCACGGAGAGUGAAGACGAGGACAACGAGGGUUGCGGCCAUGCCCACUGUGUCCGGGGACACCGCAAGGGGCAGCCCCAGUGCCGUGCCCCCCCCAACCUGCCCCCUGAUGUUCCACAGCCCCCCGGCUCUUCACAGCCUCCAUCGAGGCCCGUACAGCACUGAGUUGUGGCAUUCUGAUGAGCCCCAACUGUCUUGUUACGUAUGUUCAGCCUUGAAUUAGUUCAUGUACAUGGCUUCUUCUGUGGCAUUAAAGUCCUCCCCUUACCACCUGCCCAUCCAUGCUCUUCCCACCCCAGGCUCCGUUUGCAUGCAGGGCAUGGAGGGAGGAGGGCAGGGGGAAGCCAGGCAGGAUAAGCAAGAGGGGGACAGGCCUGGGGGCACCAUCUUGGCUGCCUCUUGAGCAUCUCCUCCCCUUCUAUCAUCUGCCCCAGGUGAAGCAUCUGGCCUGGCUUACUCCCCUCAAUGCCAAACCCCGAAUCCCCUGUGAGUUUCUGGGCACCAGCCUCUCUUCCUCCACCCCAAUUCUGGCAUCCUGCCCAUCCCCCUCCACCCACCCCCUUGUACCUCCACCCCAACAGUUUAUUCUGCUCCCUGCCAAACCGUUUGCUUCCGAGAAGCCAAGCCCAGUGUCCAGCACCCCAGCUGCAACUGCCUGACCUCAGCCCACCUAGGAAUCCAGGCCCCAGCAGCUCCUCCCCACUCAUCCCUGCCCAGGUCCCCUGGUCUGUUCUGUCCACUGGGCUUUAACCAAAGGAUUAUCUUCUCUUAGAUUUAUUUCUUCACCUCCUCCAACCCAGAGUCUCCUCUGUCCCCACCAAAAAGAGAAAUAAAGAGGCCUGAGCCCCAAGCCUGAACAGUGUCCUCUUCUCCACCCCUACUCAAAAGGCCCAGCCUUGGGUGGAGAGGCAGGGUCUUAGGGCCUGAGCAUCCCAUCCCGCUGCCUGCUCUGGGCUUUCACUGGGCACCCCAGGCCCAUCCUCCUCCUGAGACCCUCCAUGGGACACCACCCACAGUAGACAAGGUGGGGGCAGGGGGAAGCCAAGCUUCUGUGAGGGGAGUCUGAAACAGACAGGCUUGGGGAGGCAGGAUGCCAGCCUUCUGGGAAAGAAGGGUAGGGAACUGGAUGCCAGGGUUCCAGGAAGGGAGAUGAGGGGGAGAAUGCCAGGGUUUUGGGACAGGAGACUAGGUGGCAAGACACUGGGAUUCUGGUUAGAGAGAGUAGAUCACCAGGGUUCUGGGAAGUGGGGAGAUCCCAGGGGCUAGUGGGGGCCAGGGAGUAAGCAGAGAAGAUAGUCUACCUUCGAGCCCAUCUUAGUAAGCAGAGAAGAUAGUCUACCUUCGAACCCAUCUUCCAUCAUGGUCCUUGGUAUGGCCAGUGGGGUGGAGAAGGGCAGUGCCAGUGUAGACACUCCUUCAACCCCCACCUCCCCACUCUGCUCUUCCCCCCCACCCUUCCUCCCCACACUGUGUGGCCUGCCCUGCUGAGAUUUCCUUUUAUUGUCACAGCCACUCUAAUAAAUAACCCAACCCAAAA